GAAAAAAGAAGAUAACUCCAGGACACUUCCAUUCCAUCCCCCCAGGAUAUAUAUAUAUCUAUCCGAGAAUCCACCGUCCGCAUUCUUCACGCAAUCCCACCUUUUUCCCACCUUUUUGACGUUAAUUUACUCUUUUCUUUUGAUUCUUGCUUUAGUAUAAAACCAAUAAAAUGGAGGAACCCACAACUUCCUCUGCAGAAUCUCGAAAUAUGGCUCAAAAAGUCGUAGCUAUUGCUGCUGGUGAAGCUCACAAUCUUGUUCUCGCAGGGGAUGGAAGUGUGUUCUCGUGGGGCAGAGGUACUUUUGGCAGACUGGGUAUUGGUUCCGAUGAUGACCAGCUGUUCCCUGUGAAACUCAAUUUCUUCCACCAAAGAAACCUUAAAAUCGUCGGGAUUGCUGCUGGAGCUUAUCACAGUCUUGCUCUCACAGGUUACAAUUUACUCCUGACAAAUUAAUCUGACAUCAUAAGAAGCUCUGAUUUAAACUUUCUAAUACUCCCACACUGAAAUCAAUCAUUUAGUGGAUUAAAUUUAAUGGUUGAAUUGGUGACAGAUGAUGGAUCAGUCUGGGGCUGGGGUUAUAAUGUCUGUAUCCUUAAACUAGUAGUUGUUUGCUUAUUUGCCAGUUCUUUUAAUGUCUGUGAUCAAAUUUUGAUGCCAAUGUUACAUAUUCUAUCCUUUUGUUUGUUGCAAAGUUGUUUUUUUUUUUUGGCUGGUGAAAAAUGCAUGUCCUUGACUAACACCUGGAUGGUCAAAUUGGUAACAACGAAGAGAACUCUUUAUCCCCAUGUUUGGUGAAGGAAUUCCUCGACUUAGGGUCGCCGAAUUCUGCACUUGAUGAUUCAGGAUCUAAGGCACCAUUAAAGGUACUAGUACAUUGUCUGAUAUUUGGGGUAAGAUAUUGUCAGCUCUUUGUGUUUUGACUUUUGACUUGGUAGAUGCCUCGAUUUUGGUUCUUCCGUAGGUCUCUUCGAUUAAAGCUGGAGGGAUGAUGUCUCUUGCAAUUGAUGAUCUUGGUGGUCUCUGGAUGUGGGGGAACUGUCCCCAUCCUCAACAAAGUAGGCCAGCUGAAGGAGAAUUCACCCUUGUUAGUUGUUUUUCCCCAAUUCCAGUUUGGAAUUUGCAUGGCCACACUGUUGUUAAAGUUGCAUGUGGGAAUGAACAUGUUGUCGCUUUGGCUAGUGCUGAAGAAACAUACAGUGGUAGUGACCUUUUAUGUUAUGCUUGGGGUUCAAAUAACCAUGGGCAGUUAGGCUUGGGAGAUAGGGAGAGCAGGUUGGUUCCCGAAGUCAUUCGAAGAUUUGAUUUGGAAUCAUCGUGGGAAGUCUAUGAGGUGGCAUGUGGAGCUUUCCACACAGCAGUGCUAACUACCAAAAAGAGACCUAGUGAUACAUUAGAGAGUAUUUGCUGGACAUUUGGCCUUGGGGACAAUGGGCAACUUGGUCAUGGAACUACCCAAAGUCUCCUUUCCCCCGACCCUGUUAAAGCACUGCCAGAAAACACGUUUCUCAUUUCUGUUGAUUGUGGCUUAUUCCAUACCAGCGUUACGUCAUCAGCAGGAGAUGUGUGGUCUUGGGGAAUGGAGAAGGGGCUUGGUCUAUGCCCCGAUGCGAGUUUCCCUGGAACUGAUCCUGGAGAUGCCCUUUCUCCUUUGUUGAUUUUGUGUAAUGGCCUCUAUGGUCCUAAGUUCCCUGAACCUGUUCAAGUUGCUUGUGGUGCCGCCCACACGGUUCUUGUUGGAGACAAAGGUUACAAGCUCUGGUCCUGGGGCAGGGGAAGAAGUGGGGUUCUUGGAAAUGGUGAAACAGAUUUCCAUUUUGCCCCUACCCUUGUGUUGUGGCCUCCACUUUUGGAAGACUUUAAAGAAGAAAUAUCACCAAAUGUCAGGGAAGCAACAAAAGAUGAUUCAAAAAACCCUAAAACAGAUGCAGAGAUAGAAAAAAGAUUGUCGAGUGCAAUGGAGGAGAUAAAGCUCUUAAACUCAAAGCUUUCCGCAAUGGAAAGAUACGCAAGCAUUCUUCAUGGCUCAAUCUUUGGGAAGCCUUUUACCGAGCAGGAUAUUCUACCAUCUCUGCAGAGAUCUACUGGUUUUGAUAUUGCUAAAGAGUGGGAGAACAUGUUGGACUCCGCAGAUCAUGGCAGACUUCUCCGACUGGAAUCUUUCUACAGGAAUAUGCUAGCAGGAGUUAAAGAUAAGCUUUUAAAGAGACGGAUAGAGGAACUAGUUAAAGAGUCUCUGAAUUCUUCAACUAAAGGAUAGUCAGCUUGUUGGGCAGGUUCUGAGAUUUGCUGCAAGUUCUGAGAUUCAACUUCAUUGCGAAUCUUGUGCAGGUUAGAAAACUAUGUUGUGCCUAUACAUUUUACAGCGUUAUAGAUUAGAGAAUUCUAUUUGUAGAGACUAUUGAUUUGUAAAUUAAAUACUAUAUACAGGAAUAGGAUCUGAUGUUUCUGUGAAUUUACUUGUUCAUUGAUCGAUUUGGUCAUUCAUUUUGGGAAAUACUUCCUUUUCUCAUGGAUAGGAUGAUGUUCAUGUUUGAAAAUGAGGAGAAAACAAUAGAAAAGGCUGUGGAGAUGGUUGCGUACAUUUAAAAAUGGGAGCCAGCAAUUCAAAAGGAAAUGACGUGGUCGUCUGUAAUAUAUCUCUCAGUCUACGUGAUGUGUUAUUCACACAAGUGCUGCAAAUUAGGCCCCCUCUGGAUUGAGAUCACUCUAACCUAGCUAAAACUUUCGAAUUUGAGCUUUUGAAUUAUUCAUGUGGAGCAUUAUCUUAGCUGUAAGCCUCCUUUAAAAUCACUUAAUGCAUUUAAAGUUGCAUUAACUGAUGUUAAACUUGAAUAUCCUUGUUGUAAAAAUCUUUGUUUGGACUAAUUGUUUGAUGUUAAACAUGAAUAUCCUUGUUGUAAACAUCUCUGUUUCGACUGAUUGUUUGAUCUCUUCAGUGUUUACUUAUUUGAGAUUUUCUGGGCUUUAAGAAGAUUGUAGUAUAGAGCUUUUAUCAUUGCACGUAAAUAACUUAGCCAAAAGUAGAAAUGCACAUGGAGGGGAAAAUACAUGAGCUGUCCCAAAAGGUUAUCCGGUUACCUAAUGCAAAUUAGUGUGCUUCCUCGAAUAUUUUUAUUUAAUUUUUGUUUUCCCCCUCACUCUGUGCAGCAAUUUACAUUGGCCGUAUUUGGUUAUAUAGACAUCACUCUCAUCUUAGAUGCUUCCACAGAUCUGGACAUUUGCUGUUAAAAUUUGGUUGAAAUGAGUGUAUCUGAGUUUGCAUCAGUAGUACAGUUGAUUUAAUUUUGUGUUAAGAAAGAUAAAUCAAUAAAAGCUUAAGCUAAAUAUUGCUUCUUUAUAUAUGUUUCUGAGAAAUAAAAUUCUUAUUUUGAAUAAGAUUGUAUGCUUUUAUUUCUAUGAAUAAAGCCAAUUUGGCUAGACAAUAUACUAACUUCAAAAUUUUUCUUUAUUCAUUUUCUCAAAACAUAAUAUGACAGUGUUACUACGUAAAUAUAUUAGCAAAUAAUGAUGAGUAAGAUUAUUUCUUGCACACCACUCCACUGCCAUCAAGCCUGCUUGCACAGUUCAAGUUCUCGUAUUCAAAGUUAUCUGCAGACGCUGAAGAAGUUCCCAUGAAUCUGGCGACAGCACAGUCUGUUGAAAAUAUGUUUGAAGAAGCAAAUUCCUUAUUUCCUCCCAAAACUGGCAUGUUUACUCCCAUCUUGACUCUACUAACAUAAUUAUUGGCAUAUGUCUGACCUAAAACUCCAUUCACUGCACCACUCAAUGAAUAGAACUUAAAGCUCAUAUCAAGAUGAGCAAAGCAGUCUUCAUCUGUAAUCCCAUACUGGUGUAUCCUGGAUUCUUUUUCCGUAAUGGGCACCACAGUUGCCUUAAUCUGGAAGUUCCCUUCCACUUCAAUUAUGGCUAAAUUGUUGUCUUAACCUUGUGAUGGAGAAAGUAGGUGUAGUACUUGGAUUCCAGUUGGCUCCUUCACUUUCAGCUAGCAUAAUUGGUGUUCCAUCAAAAGCCAGAUCCAGGUGGUCUACGGCACUGUCCUAUGUUGCUGCCUUCCGGGCAGCAAUGUAUAUUUGAUGAUUAUCAAAGAGAAUACCUAGGGACUGGACCCAAGUAAAGUCUGUUGUCAUGUUCCCAUUUCUCUUGCCAAUGAAGUGAGCAUUGAUGUGCAGGUUGGAAUCAGAAACUAUGCAGAAGUCCCUAUCCUUUUUGCCAUGGAAGUAGAAGGUAAGUCCAUCAGCCCCAACAAAUCGAGGAUCUUGGCAGACUGCUCCUGGCCUAUUGCAGUCUUCAGAGAUUUAGGCAGAUGAGUAAUUCAUUCAAACUGUUAGCAUGACAAUAUAAACUUGAAAUGAGGAAAUCAAAGGUAAAUGAUUUUUUUUGGGAAAGAGUGCCAUGAGACUUUAAGGAGGGUCUAGUCUUAUCAAAUUCUUUGGUUAUGGUAGUUCUACAUCAAAUAAUCUCGAAUUAUCUUUCAUCUCAUUGGGGUUUUGCAUCCAGAUUUUUUGCUAUCUUAUUUUUCUUUUUCUUUUUUUUUUUCCUUAUUUUCUUUUUACCUAUUCGAUCAGAACAUACAUGAUAUAUCUGAUCCAUGUAGCUGACAAGACAUGGUAUGGUAAGGCUUUUUGGUAUGUCUUCUAUGCAUAUCAAUACACAGCUGAACUACAUUCUAGGGUAUAACAGUUAAUGUCUGAUUGUGUAGUUGGUAGGGAAUGCUUCAGAGAAGGACAUUUCGGCUAGCAGUUGAAAUUGUGUCAAGUUGGGUGUUUAACGAAUAUUAAGCUUUUUCUUUGUGUGUGUGUGUAUGUCAGGUCUUUCACAUGGUUUUUUCCUGAUUUGAAAAUUAGUUACGAUGAAAUAUGUAUGUUAGCAUGGUUAAAAUUGUCAUUUUACCCUGUAGAGUUUUACUACCCCAUAUUGGUAAAAAGCUAGCACAAUGAUAUACCAUAUAAGGUUACUGUUCUGUUUGGGAUGAUAAACAAGUAGGUAAGAAUGAAAUAAACAGAGAAAUUACCACAAACAGGGCUGCACGUGACACAAUCGACCUGACAGGUAUCUGGACAAGUACUUGGGCAACGCUGCUCCUGGCGAUAGCAUUGCUGAAAAGUGGGUCCUUGUUCUUGCAGUAAACCGUUUUCCCUGAUACUAGUGGUGGGGGACUAGGAGGGGGGUUUGAAGUUGGUGUAGGUGGAGGAGGUGUUGAUGAGGGUGGCGGAAACAGAAUUGAUGAUGGUGGAGGAGGCAAAUGCUUUGGCAUUGGUGGUGGAGGUGGAGAGCGUUUUGGCUUUUUUGGUGGUGGAGGUGGGGAGCGUUUCGGCCCUUUUGGAGGUGGAGGUGGGGAUUUUUUUGGUUUUUUCGGUGGCGGAGGUGGUGAUUUUUUUUGGUUGGGUAGUGGGGGAGGUGGCUUUGCAAUGCAAAUAGGCUUGCAUGUGGUACAAUCAACUGUACAAUACUCUGGGCAACUAUCAGGGCACAAUUGUGGCGGUUUUGUGCUGGUUAGGGGUUUUCCCUCAGCCAUGACCGCCAUAAGGAAGAAGAGAAGGCUGACAAGGCAGCGAAUCAUGGCUGGAGGAGCCAUGGGAACACUCUCACUUAAUGCAAAAUCACUAGGUAUGUCAGUGGUACUCUUUCAUUUGUGGUUUGUUAGCAUGAACCUUAUUAUAUACUUGUAAAAAGGUGAACAACGCAACUCCAGUAUAAGCAAUGUACCCUCGAAGACAACAUGGCUCAUGACCCUCCUGAGUGAUGUUGAGGGUCGAAAUAGCAAAAUAGGAGUGUUCAUCACUUCAGGUCUUUCCCCUGUUUGGGUUUGACAUUUGAGUUAGCUCAUCCAGGCUGCGAAAAGUCAACUUAGUAAAACUUGAGAUGAUGUACUACAUAGAUUCCACCUGUCUCAGAAAUACCAUCUGUGGGGUGUCUUAUGUUUAACGCAAAGCUUUUCUUGCUUGGCAUUUGUGGUCUUUAGCAAGUCAAAGUUCAUUCGGGUCAUUAGAUUUGAAUUGCACAAAUAGAUCCUCCAUGGUUUAAAACCAUAACUUAGUUCAAAACUGUCUUGUAACUAGAACUGGAUGAAUCUUGUACAAUCUCACAAAUCUUAAUGUCAAUGAACAAUCACAUGGUUUCACCGAUGGGAC